GUUCUCAAGAAGUCCGGUGUCAUCUACGGCGAGGACGUCAAGACCGUAAGCCGCUUUGCAAGCCACAACAAGCUCGAAAGAAUCUUCGCUAACCUCUUGACUGCANNGCUCUUCAAGUACGCCCAGGAGAAGAAGUUCGCCAUCCCUGCCAUCGCUGCCCGCGACAACAAGGCUCCCAUCAUCCUCCAGGUCUCCCAGGGUGGUGCUGCCUACUUCGCCGGUAAGGGUGUCGACAACAAGAACCAGGAGGCUUCCAUCGCCGGUUCCAUUGCUGCCGCUCACUACAUCCGCGCCGUUGCCCCCGCCUACGGUAUCCCCGUUGUCCUCCACACCGACCACUGCGCCAAGAAGCUCCUCCCAUGGCUCGACGUNUUCUCUUCCCACAUGAUUGAUCUGUCUGAGGAGGAGGUUGACUACAACAUCCAGACCACCAAGAAGUACCUCGAGCGCGCUGCCCCCAUGAAGCAGUGGCUCGAGAUGGAGAUCGGUAUCACUGGUGGUGAGGAGGAUGGUGUCAACAACGAGGACGUUGACAACAACUCCCUCUACACCCAGCCCGAGGACAUCUACGAGAUCUACAAGACCCUCUCCGAGGUCUCGCCCUUCUUCUCCAUCGCCGCUGGCUUCGGUAACGUUCACGGUGUCUACAAGCCCGGUAACGUCAAGCUCCAGCCCGGUCUCCUCUCCAAGCACCAGAAGUACGUCCAGGAGAAGACUGGCUCCAAGGAUGACAAGCCCGUCUUCCUCGUCUUCCACGGUGGUUCCGGCUCCUCCGUCGAGGAGUUCCAGGAGGCCAUCUCCUACGGUGUCUGCAAGGUCAACCUCGACACUGACCUCCAGUACGCCUACACUGAGGGUAUCCGCGACUACAUGGUCGGCAAGAAGGACUACCUCAGCAGCCAGGUCGGCAACCCCGACGGUGCUGACAAGCCCAACAAGAAGCCGAUGCUAACUCUCGUGUUUCUUAGNUACUACGACCCUCGCGUCUGGGUCCGCGAAGGCGAGAAGACCAUGACCAAGCGUGUCACUGUUGCCCUCAAGGACUUCAACACUGCCAACCAGCUC